AGGGGUUGAGGGUUUAAGGGUUCAGGGUUUAGGGGUUCAGGGUUUAGGGGCUGCUCCUGAUGCUCCUGGGGUCUCAUCCUGCCCAUGCUCCUGGUCCCGUGUCCCCACUCUUUGGGACAUCGGUCUCCCGGUCCUGGCACUGCUGCCAGGCAGCACGGGGACGUGCUGAGGGGCGAUUGAGGGGCGAUUUAGGGCCCCGUGCAGUGGCUCUGAGCCCAUCCCCUCCACCCCAUACCCCAGCACCUGGAGCCAAAUCCGAGCGGGGACGCAGCGAGGGGCCGGACCCCGCUUUUUCUUUGGGGUGCUCCUUGGUGCCGUGGUCACCCCCCCCCCGUGUAUCCUACGGCGAUCAGCCCGUGCCAGCCGCAGGGAGCAGCCCCUGGCAGCAGCUGCCACAAAUUUGGGUUUCGUGGCCCCUCAGCUUGGGGUCUGGCACCUUCCCGGGGGUCCUGACCCCACUGCCGGUCCUUGCAGGGUUCAGGCAUUGCCCCCCCUGCUCCCCGGGGGCUGAUUUACUUUUUUUUUUUUUUUUAAGCCUACUGCACGUGGCGCUGAGGCUCUUUCCCUUUUUAUCUUUUCCACCUUGGCUUCCUGGGGGGGUUGAAAUUCAAAAUAAUCCAGCAGUGGUGCCAACGGGAUCCGCUGCCUUCCCUGCGGGCACCCGACACGGGGCUGGGAGGGCUCGGGGGGGUGUCUCCCUUUUGCAUCCCCCCCCCAGUGCUGAUUUCUUCACCCCACGGAGCUCAGCCUAGUGGGAUUUGGGAUGUGCCUCCCCCCUUGCUGCCGUGCUGCCUCCCCGGGGAAAACAAUUUGGGGACCGUGGGCAGGGAUGCUCCGGAUGCCACCACCCUCCUUAAUCCGGGCACCGCUCCUCGAGCGGGGCUGAGCGAGGACACCGAGAGCUUGGGGGGGUCCCGGCCGUGCCCCCCAACCUUAGGCCGUGCGUGUCGCGCAUCCCUCCUCGUUAGUGGCGAGCUAAUUAAGCGGCACGCGGUGCCCCCGCUGCGAUGCGAUGCUCGCCAUCCUGCGGGUAGCGGCGGGGAGAGGCGGCUUUGCUCCUCCCCGUCUCCAGCGCCGCUGACUCUGCCCACCCGAGCGGCACAGAGCAGGAAUGGAGGGGGACUUGGCCACCAGCGGAGCCCGGCUGCCCGCCCUGCUGCUGGCGCUGCUCGGCCUCGUGCCAGGCAUCGCGGCGGAGGCGCGUUUUAAGGCGGAAAAUGAGGUUUUGCAGAUGCUGGCGGGGAACUCCUCGCAGAGUCUGUUGGAGCGGUGUUCUGAGCUCCUCUUCGGCCGUGUCCGGGCGCAGCCCCAGCAGGUGAUCGGCAUCCUGGGGGGCUCGGUGCUGCUCUCCCCGGCGCUGCCCCCCGGCAGCAGGGUGAAGGAGAUCGAGUGGAGCUUUUCGGCCGGCGCCGGGGCCACGAUUCAAGUGGCGGAGUUUGGCCCGGGGGGGUUCGAGCGCCCCGACCCCCACGACCGCUUCAAGCAGCGGCUGGAGAUGCUCAACGCCACGGCGCUGAGGAUCGGGGGGCUGGAGCUGGGUGACAGCGGGGUCUACGGGGCGAGGAUCAAACUGCACCCGGCGCUGGUGGAGGACCAAGCCUUCAACCUCUCCGUCUACGAGUCGGUGCCGAGCCCCCGGACCCGCAGCCAGCUGCUGGCCAGCACGGUGGAGUGGUGCAACCUGACCCUGCAGUGCCAAGGAGCGGGGAAAGGAGCCGUCAACGUCACCUGGAGGAGGGACAACGGGCGCCGGGAGCUUGGCACCGACCGCACGCAGCUCUCCCCCGACGGCACCACGCUGCGCCUGGCCCUACAGCCCGGCACCGCCAACGCCACCUACGCCUGCACCGUCAGCAACCCCGCCGACCACAAGGUCGUCCUCUUCGACCUGCAGAGCAUCUGCCGGAGCGGGGGGGGACAGGCGGCCUUCUCCAAGUCGGGGUACAUCGUCCUCACCCUCAUCCUGCUGGCCGUGAGCCUGGGGGGCGCCUUCUGGUGCUGGCGGCUCAACAGCGAGAAGUCGGCGGACCCAGCUGCCACCCCCACGGUGCCGGCUGAGGAGGGCCCCCCCGACCCCCAGUACGCCGAGAUCGUGCGCCGGAGCCCCCCGGAAGGUAAUGACCAGGGCCUCCGUCCCCCCGAAAAUAACCCGGACCCCAGCCCGCCGGAGAAAGAGCCGGUCAGCACCGUCUGCGAGCAGAUCCGCCGGGCGCCGGAGGACGCGGCCGAGGAGGUGACAUAGGCCCUCAGGCGCCGGCAGCGCUGGAGCGUCGGGACGUAACCCAAGGGCUGUGACGUGCGUUGUGUGCCAAACCUGACCCCUCUCCAGCCUCCCCCCCGCCCCCCCUGUUUCGGUUCCGGGGAUGGGAGGCGCCACCUCUGGGUGCCAGCCGGCCGGACGCCUUCCCACCCACCUCUGGUUUACCCAAAUUUCUGCCCAAAGCCCUCCCAGCCCCUUGGGGAACAAGGAGAUGAGCGGCAGCGAGGUUGGGGGCCCCCCUCCGGCACCCGGGCAGCUCUGAUGCCUCAGGACUUUGGGGGGGGGGGUCCCCAACCCUAUUUCUUCAAGCUGAGACAGCAGCAAAAAGGGGGGGGGGGACCAAACCCUUUUUUUGGGGGCGGGCAGGGGGCUGGGGGCACCCCAGUGCCAGCCACUGCGGAUCCAGGAUGAGACCACCCGGUGCAAAUUGUCCCCCCCCCGCUGCCCCCAGCUCAGCCCCUGCCCUGGUUCCCCCCUCCCGGGGCCGAGCAGCCCCCGGUGGCAUCCCGGGGGGGGGCCAUGGGGGCACCGGUGCCGGCGUGGGUCUGUGCCCACUCUUCCUCCCCCCGUCGCCGUUUCUGUGUUGCCUGUGCACUGCCGUGAAAAAAAACAAAACAAAAAAACAACAAAAAACAACAAAAAAAAAAAGGGGGGUGGGGGGGUCUCACUCGUGUAUGUCCAGCACCUUCUGUCACGGGGGCUCCGUGCUCAGCCCCCACCUCCCAGCCUGGUAAAAGCAGCAAUUAAUAAAAUCUUGGUGAGAGCCCUGAAA